AUCGCCAGUUCUACAAGGGACGCCGACGAGACCAGUCAUGCAUCGCACCACGGUAGCCAUUAGCGCGGUGCUGGUGCUGAGCUUGGCCGGCGCUGCCCACGCGUGGGGCGGCCUCUUCAACCGGUUCAGCUCCGAUAUGCUGGCCAACUUGGGCUACGGGCGCUCACCCUACCGCCAUUAUCCUUAUGGGCAGGAGCCCGAAGAAGUAUACGCGGAGGCGUUGGAGGGCAAUCGCAUCGAUGACGUCAUUGAUGAGCCGGCGCACUGCUACAGCGCUCCAUGUUCUACCAACGGCGACUGUUGCCGAGGUCUGCUGUGUUUAGAUACAGAGGACGGAGGGCGCUGUCUGCCAGCGUUUGCAGGAAGGAAACUUGGCGAAAUCUGCAACAGAGAGAACCAAUGUGAUGCUGGACUGGUCUGCGAGGAAGUUGUACCUGGCGAGAUGCACGUCUGCCGACCCCCAUCAGCUGGCCGCAAGCAAUACAAUGAGGACUGCAACUCUUCAAGCGAAUGUGACGUCACUCGAGGACUGUGCUGCAUCAUGCAACGACGACACCGACAGAAGCCUAGGAAGAGCUGCGGAUAUUUCAAGGAGCCCCUGGUCUGCAUCGGUCCAGUGGCCACUGAUCAGAUUCGAGAGUUCGUCCAGCACACCGCCGGCGAAAAACGCAUCGGCGUAUACCGACUUCAUUAAUUUACCACACAUUACGCCGUUGCGUAAAAUUGUGAAUUGUCAGCGGUAAAAUUUUGAAUUAUUUAUUUAUUAGAAUAAUGAAUAUUGGCUGGAGUUUCUUGAUCAUUUUUAUUUAUUUUUAAUAUAUUUAAUGGUUGUUAAGUUGUUUUAUGUUUAAUGAAUUGUUGAUGAUUAUUUUACAAUUUUACGCAGCGGUAAAAUAAAAUGAAUCGUUUUUACUAAUAAAAAUUAAUGCAAAGCAAACGCCUGUAUGAUUUGCAAGAAAAAUAAAUUACACAGUUAUUACGUUUCAAUCUUUAUUAGUAAAAAGGAUUUUUAAUCUUCGAGUUUCUCCAUCGCUACGAACUGUUACUCGUCUAUUAAGUAAAACUUAUAACAACAGAUUUUGUAAUUACGCUCAGAAAAAUAAUAAUGAAAUAAAACUUUUAUCUUUUAUUGCAAUAUUUAUCUUUUAUUUCAUUUUUUCAUUCCAGUAAAAAGAUAAAUGAAUAACUUAUCUAUUUUAAUGUUACCUUUCUGCGCGUAAUUACGAAAUAAAAGGAAAAGGAAAUGGAGAAAGACAAAAAACAUGAAAUUUCGCUUCGAAAAACGGUCAACCGAUACGCUACGUUUUAUUUGUAAAAAAGAUGCUUUGAAAAAAAGAUAAAAAAGAAAGAUAGGCAAAGCUAAAACAUAUCAUUUUUAGUUUUUAAUUUUAUUACGUAGAAUUUAGUGGUACGAGAAAAAUAUUAAUGUUUCUAUAUUAAAAUACUUAUGAAUGUCAUUUAAAAUUAGUAUUUACGGUGACUAGAGGUUGCGUCUCAUAAUUAUUAAAAAAAAUACAAUUUUAACGUGUUUAAUCUCUUAAUAUUACGAAUAGAUUUAAAAAAUAUAAUUAAUUAAGUCUUCAAUGAAACAAAUACAUAUCUUACUGGCUGAGGCAUUUAGUAAAUAUUGAUGUUAAAAUUAAUAAAAAAUACUCUAUUAUUACAUAAUAAUACAUAUCAUAAUCGUACGGAUAGAUAUAAUCUAGGUAAAGUAAGAUAUAUUGUUUAAUUUUUUCGCUUAUAUUCUAGUCAAACUAUCAAACUAUGCUAGGUGCCUAGGAAAUACAUAUCAAUUAUCGAAUAUGAACAUUUUUGUUUCUAUUUAUAGUUAAAAAGAAUAAUAAAUCUAAUUGUUAUCACAUUUUUAUCGUAUACUCACUUGAUGUUUUCGAUCCAUUCGUUGGUUGAUGUUUUUUCUUAAAAAUACUUUAAAAAAAGAUAAAUCACAAUUUAUCUUUUUACUAAAAAAAAAUUGAAUUAAAAAAAAGUAAAUAAAUAGCCUAAAUACUGUGAUGUGUCGCCCCUAUUUUACGAAAAUUUAUUGACGAAAGACAAAAAAAAAGAUUUAUGAAUAAUAUAUUUUAUUGUCGAGAUUUGAUCUUUUUCUCUGAAUAAUAAAUUUAUGAAUGUUAAAGAUAUUGAAUAUCUUCUUUAUAGUUUUCUGUUAGGGCCUAACAAUGCUAUGUACUACCGUUGUUCUAUCAUAAGACUACAUUAUAUGUACCUUGUGAAUUAAAUUAAAUAUGUGUUAAAUUAUAAAUUA